AAUAUAUUGAAUAUUUCCUCCACUGAAAAUAUCUAUCGUCGUCGUCGCCACCCGCACCGCUGCGGCCGCCGCCUCCUCCGUUACCGCCGGUUCCCUCGCAAGAAUCCGUUUUCGUCUCCGUGAAUUUUUACCUUUCCACGUCUCGUAGAAUCGGUGGCCCUGAUUUUUGUAUUCUCCGUCGGAAUCGAUCAAGACUGAUGGGUGAGGAGGCCGCCGGCGACGACGAAUUCGAUCGCCUAUCCGCCUCAGAUGGAAGAGAAAUCGUGGAAGAUCACGGGAGGGUUAUGUACUGGGAGGUCGGUCUCCCUAGCGGCGACGAUCUGACCCCCCUCUCCCAGAUGUUGGUGCCGCCGCACCUCGCCUCGGCCUUCAGCGUCAAGCCGGAGCCACCGCGCACAGAUAUGGAUGUGCAGCGUGCCUCCCAGUACACGAUCUCCAACCUCCGCCGCACCGCGCCGUCGCCAGCUUCCACUGCUGCCCUCCGAAACUUCUCCCCCUUUUCGCCUGACGAAUCCUUGGGAUUCGAAGCGAAUGAUCUGGUGGAGAAUGGGGAUUCUUGUGGGCAUAUCUCUCGAUCGGGACAGAUUUCUCCUUCUGCCGCCUUGGAGGAGGCGGAAUCAUCUGCGCCCGUGGCCGAGGACUCCGGCGACGAGCCCUCGUCUUCGCGGAACCCCAAGCGGGCGCGCCUAGUCUGGACGCCGCAGCUCCACAAGAGGUUCAUCGAUGUCGUGGCGCAUCUGGGGAUCAAGAACGCCGUGCCGAAGACCAUCAUGCAGCUUAUGAACGUGGACGGACUCACUAGAGAGAACGUCGCGAGCCACCUCCAAAAAUACAGGCUUUAUCUCAGAAGAAUGAAUGGAAUUCAAGAUGAUUCACCUUCGCUGCCUGACCACCUGCUUACCGCUAUGCAGCCGGCGAAAAAGAGUCUUCACGAGCAGCAUGUUCCUUAUACGCCCUUGCAAUAUCCUAUGCCGGCAAUGAUUCCCGUGCCGACGUUUGGGAUGGCUCCUCCUCAUGGGCACGGCGUUCGGAUUGGAAUGGUACCGACCAUGGAGCAUCAAGGAGAUGGAAGAUAUGCGUUUGAGCAACACUAUAAUGGAGCUUUGGGCGAACGGAUGAAAGAUUGAUGCAAUGUGGAGCAAAACAUGAGCUGUGGAGGGAAUUAAAUAAGCUCGAGUUAUGACCUCUUUUCAGUUGCCUUUGUUAACAGGAAUUUGUAGUCCGUGAUGUCUCUCCUACGUGGAGCAAAACAUCCAUUGUAGCAUAUUUUUGAACUUAAUUUGCUUGCAGAUGCUA